AAGCUCGUCACCGCCACGGUCCCCAUCCUCGCUGAGCAUGGCGUGACCAUCACCACCCUCUUCUACAGGCAGAUGCUGGAGGCCAACCCCGACCUACGCAAUGUCUUCAGCCGCAGUAACGUGGCCUUCAGGCAGAGGCAACUCGCCCGCGCCGUCCACGCACACGCCGCCAACAUCGAAGAUCUCACCCCCAUCCUCCCCGUCGUAGAGCGCAUUGCCCACAAACACACGUCCGUCCACAUUGUGCCUUCGCGG